AUGUGAAUGUGGAUGAAGUCCAUCCCGUGUGUCAAAUUUCCGUCCACAUAGCCGGUGUGUCGAAUUUGCCAAGUCUUAUGAGCGACAAUUUUUUUUACCACGAAUAAUCAAGUUGAAACAGAUAGCUCCAUUUUUGUUAGAAAAAACAAGGAUUUCACAAGGCCCAAAUAUGUGUGUGUGUGCAAAUUGUGCAGAACACUGAGAUAUUCUUCACAAAAGUUACAGGUUUGACCAUAAAAAAAUGGGAAGCAAAAGAUAAAACUAUGCCCACACUUUUGAUGUGUGGUACCUAAUGCUGACCUUGAAAGCCUGAAGCAUAUUCCAACAGGCCAAGUGGCAUGUUCUCCCUAAAAUCAGCUUGCCACAGCCAGAGCUUCCUUGCGGUCUCGCAAUUCUUCUGUAAACUCAAGAGAUAAGGUGGUAUGACCGUUGCGCAGGAGAAAGGGAUGCAAUCAUGCAGGAAGUUCCGUAGAAGAUCGCCAUUGUUGUGCCAAGAAAGCUGAAAUACAUACAGUUUCUUCAUCGAGGAUACAAGGGAGCUAUGCACAGCUCAGGAAGCACAUUUCUGUUACUAUGUGUGAUGUUUCAAGCUGCAGCAGCUUGUUCAGGCGGGCAAUGCGAGCUCGGCGAUCGAUGUUCGUCGUCAGCCGACUGCGGUAAUGAACUGUACUGCUACAACUGCUGGGUCGAGUUUGCGGGCAAAAGGUGUGUCCGGAAGACGGUGUCUGAUCCAUUGAAGAUAGUUGAUGCAUCAUUGCCGUUCAACAAGUAUGCAUUUCUGACGACGCACAACUCGUUCUCCAUCCACGGAGAGCCGUCCCACACCGGAGUCCCACGGAUCACACUCUACAACCAAGAGGAUUCAGUCACCGAUCAGCUGAAUAAUGGAGUUCGGGCACUAAUGCUGGACGUGUACGACUUCCGCGACGAGAUCUGGCUGUGCCACUCGAAGGGAGGGAAAUGCUUCGACUUCACGGCGUUCGAGCCAGCCGUGGACACCAUGAGGGAGAUCGAGGCGUUCCUGUCGUCCCACCCGUCAGAGAUCGUGACGCUAAUCCUGGAGGACUACGUCGGCGCCGACCACGGCCUGUCCAAGCUGUUCAACAGCACCGGCCUGACCAAGUACUGGUUCCCCGUGUCGAGCAUGCCCCGGCGCGGCGAGGACUGGCCUCGCGUCAGGGACAUGAUCGAGCGCAACCACCGUCUCCUCGUCUUCACCUCCGACGAGUCCAAGGAGUCGACCGAGGGGAUCGCGUACCAGUGGAACUUCAUGGUGGAGAACCAGUAUGGGGAUGGCGGCAUGAGCUCCCGUUCGUGCCAUAGCCGGUCCGAGUCCCUGGCCCUGGGCAACAGGACGCGGUCCUUGGUCCUGGUGAACUACUUUCACACGGUGCCGCUGGGCGUGACGGAGUGCGCGGAGCACUCGCUGGGGCUCGCGGGCGUGCUCAGGGCGUGCCACGCCGCCGCCGGCGACCGCUGGGCAAACUUCCUGGCCGUUGAUUACUACAAGAGAAGCGACGGCGGGGGAGUGUUCGAGGCCACCGACAUGCUCAACGGGAUGCUCAUCUGCGGCCGCGACGACGUGCACGCGUGCAGGAGACGAACUCUCAAGGACGCGUUGCAGGGCCUGCUUGGCAAGCUCGGUCCACUCGUGUCUCACGUGCGGCAUUGUGUAACUGAUUGGGUCGGACUGCCAGAGCACCUGCCGGUGGACGCCGCUCGAAAAAGACUACCAGAUAAGUUCGCGGAAUUUCUCGCCGGCCGGGAGCCGGCCGGCGUGAAACUGCGGGAAGUCAGGUGCGUCUUUUGGCGAUGGCCCGUCGAGGUCUUGUUCAAUGGACAAGGCAAGAUGUACCUCGACACGGGCUUUGAGAAGUUAGCCCGUUCCCACAGCUUGAAGGUCGGUUGCCUGCUGCACUUCCUCGACGAAGACGAUGGCGACCUGAGCGUCGGGGUGUUCGACAACAUAUCCUUCCGCAUGCACUACCACGACGACUCCGACAAAGACAACAACAAUAACGACGAUGACGACGACCAACUAUAG